GCGGCCUCUUCUCUUUUCAGACCCCGUGCUGGCUGGUUUCUCAUAUAUUCGAUCCCUCUUCCGCCCCUCCACAUGCUGUAUAUUGGCAUGCCUUGCCUUGGGAGCGCGAGGCUCGUCUUCGACUUGCUGGCGGUUCCAUUCUCGCCGUCUCUUCGCCGUCCUUGCUCCUCACUGCGGUCGUUAUACGUUUCCUUCCCAAGCUCCAAGUCCACCCCAAACCGUUGGCCGCGUCGCGCGUUCUCAAUCAUGGCGCAUUCUCGUAGCGACCUUUUCGAUUAUACAUCAGGGCGGUGGAUCUAUUCAGCAUCAACGAUGCUCUUCGCCACGCAGAGCGCAGACGUGUCUUCAACGUCGAUGGGCUACGUCGACUUGCGGCGCAGUCCGUUGAUCGGAGUCCUGACGAUAUCGUCGACUUUGCAAAGCUCGCCGAGGGCGGAUUUAACCGUACCUUCCUCAUCACCAUGCGCGGCGGCUUCCAAAUGGUAGCGCGUAUCCCCUACCCGGCUACGGUUCCCAAGUACUACGCUAUCGCUAGCGAAGUGGCCACUAUGGCCUUACUCCGUUCCUCUGGGCUUCCUAUUCCCGACGUAUACGGAUACUCGCCUGCGCCGGACAACGCGGCGGAAACCGAGUAUAUCUUCAUGGAAUUCAUCCGAGGUACUAAGUUAAGCGACAUAUGGCUUGACCUAGAGGAACGGGAUCUCAUUUCAGUCUUGCACCAACUGGCUCAACUCGAGUCGAAGAUGAUGUCGAUUUCUUUUCCGGCUGGCGGAAGCCUGUACUAUGCACAAGAUCUGGAGAAGGUGGCCGGAGGGCCAGGCAUCCCGCUGAAGGAUGAACGCUUCUGCGUCGGUCCAGAUGCAAGACUACCUCUCUGGUAUGGCAGGAGAUCACAGCUCGACGUAGACCGGGGACCGUAUGAAAGCGCCGAAGCAGCGCUCGUAAGAGCAGCCCAAAAGGAACUGGCUUAUUUGAAGCAGUUCGGCCAACCGCUGUUGCCGUUCCAGCGCAUAAGGAGGGAAGCCUACAGGUACCAGGAGCAGUUGCCAUUAGACCACAUCGAGAACCUGAACCGCUAUCUCCUCAUCGCGUCAUCACUCGCCCCCAAGGACCCGGGCCUCUGUCAUUUCCGCAUCCGCCAUCCCGACCUCCAGCAGAACAAUAUCGUCGUUUCGAGGUCGUCCGACUCUAACUGGCGAGUCAUCGGCCUGUUAGACUGGCAACACGCCUCGAUCCUACCCCUAUUUCUCCUUGCUGGUAUACCCGAACGCCUGCAGAACUACGAUGAUCCUAUCUCGCAACGUUUAACGCGACCUUCGCUACCGGAGAAUUUGGACGACUUAGACGAAGCCGAGCAAAGCCGAGCGAAGGAACUCUACCGCCGCCGCCUCACCCAUUACCACUACGUCAAGAGGACCGAGGAGUGCAACGAGCCCCAUUACGCGGCCUUGACAGACCCCGUGGGUAUGCUCCGCCGCCGCCUCUUCUACCACGCCGGUAACCCGUGGGAGGGCGAGACUCUCGCGCUGAAGGUUGCGCUAGUAGAAGCAGCGGAGAAGUGGGAGACGCUUACGGGGGGAGGCGCGCCGUGUCCAGUCGUGUUCGACGCUGAGGAGGUACGCGAGACGAUGAAGCUGGAUGCAGUACAGAGAGGAGCGGACGAGACUCUGGAGGCAUGCAGAAACAUGAUCGGCUUUGGGCCGGAGGGCUGGGUGACUACCGAGCACUACGAGGAGGCUAUGACACGCAGCAAGCAGCUGAAGGAGGAUGCAUUGGCGGAGACCACGUCGGCGGAGGAACGGGCUGAGAUCACGGCGCACUGGCCCUUGGACGAUAUGGAUGAGGAGAAAUACAUGUAAUGAAACGAGCUAGAUAUUCCGCGGUGUUGUUAUCUUAUCUGCUGUUGCUUUGUUGUCGACGCCCUCUCUUUCCCAACAUGGUCAUCUCGCUCGCGGCGUGCUUGAGCGUCAACAAGACGAGCUGAUCUUGAGAAAAGAGCCAGCCAGGGUCAGCCCUGCCCCCGGACUUCUUGUCUGUCGUGCGAGCGGAUCGCGAGGGACAUUCGCUUUCAAAAUGAAUUCCGGACCUCCAGCGCUCGGCGCUCACUCAUCUCUGACUACAACCACCAUGUGCUUUGACUUUGGCCGAACUUGUAAUACACUGCGCGAGAUAUUACUGCGCGGUCACUACAUCUUUCUGUGUAGCUCAUCCGGGUAACCUGUAUUGACAAGUCCUAUGCGCAUGCAUAUUUGUUGAACUUAUUC